AUGGCCUCUAAACCAAACGCGACCGUCGCCAGCGAGCGCACGCCGCUCAUCAACGGCGAGAGCGCCUCCUCCAACGGCGGCCAUCACCACCACCACCACAUCAUCGGCGGCCACCACUCGACACGAUCUGCCGCCUACCAGUUCUUCUUCGAUGCGAACCACACGCCUGGAAACGGCAGCGACAAGUUUGUCAUCCGCAGCCUCGCCUACACCUGGCAUGUCACCAAGGUGACGCUGCUGAGCAACUAUGUCAACUUCUUGCUCAUCAUGGUCCCCAUUGGCAUCAUCGCCGGCCGCCUCGGCUGGAGCCCUACCGCCGUCUUCACCAUCAACUUCUUUGCCAUCAUCCCGCUUGCUGCCGUCCUGUCCUUUGCGACCGAGGAGAUCUCUCUCAAGCUGGGCGAGACGCUGGGCGGGCUGCUGAAUGCUACCUUUGGAAACGCCGUUGAGUUGAUUGUGAGCAUCGUGGCUCUCAGGGACAACCAGAUCCAGGUUGUGCAGUCCUCCAUGCUCGGUUCCAUCCUGUCCAACCUGCUGCUAGUCAUGGGAAUGUGCUUCCUGUUUGGCGGCCUUCGGCACCGUGGCUCUACAGGUAACGGUACGGAACAGACUUUUUCGGCCGCCGUUGCGCAGACUACGUGCUCUCUCAUGGCUCUAUCUUCUGCCUCUCUGGUCAUCCCCGCUGCGCUCUAUGGCGUUCUCGACCAGAAGGACCCCAGCAACGGCGAUAGGGAUCGCAGCAUCCUGGUUCUGUCCCGCGGAACUGCCAUCAUUCUCCUCAUCUUGUAUGCCCUCUACCUCAUCUUCCAGCUGCGCACGCACAGCAACCUUUUCGACCCCGAAGACCCGGCCGGUAUUGAUGGCGAGGAGCCCGAGCAGCCCUCCAUGGGUCCAAUUGCUGCAACCGUCGUGCUUGUCGUUGUCACAGUCCUGGUCGCCGUCUGUGCCGAUUACCUGGUUGGAAGCAUCGACGCCCUUGUUGAGACUACAAACAUUAGCAAGGCAUUCAUCGGUCUGAUUCUGAUCCCCAUUGUCGGAAACGCGGCGGAGCACGUCACUGCUGUAGUCGUCGCUCUGCGCAACAAGAUGGACCUUGCCAUGGGUGUGGCGAUUGGCUCCAGCAUCCAGAUUGCCUUGGGCGUCACUCCCUUCCUCGUGAUUGUCGGAUGGAUCAUUGGUCGUGAAAUGACGCUUCACUUUGAGACUUUCGAGACUGUCGCUUUCGCCGUGUCCGUUUUGGUCGUCACCUACACCGUCCAGGAUGGCAAGUCCAACUAUCUCGAGGGCGCCAUGCUGCUCGGCCUCUACAUCAUCAUUGCUGUCGCCUUCUUUGCUACGCCAGGUGACUUUUUGGACAAGGCAACGGACCUCGUCACUGGUGGCAACUAA